CCACCGUUUGUCCUUAUGGAGGACUAUGAUGUGGACAUGGAUGACGAAGAGGAGGGAGUAGUAUUGAGCAGAAAGGCCACAACAGGCCACUGGUGGGAGGACUGCGAUGGCAGCUGUGACAUACAACGACAGAAAAUAGGAAGAGGCUGCAUGGUCAACAGCCGCAGUUGGGCCGAGGAGCUCCAGGAUAUCUUUGUACCACAACCAGAAGACUGUUGCAGGGGAGGACGGACCAGGCUGUCCAGCAUCUCAGCCCAGAGGAAUGAGAGAGAGUCCAUCAGGCAGAAACUUGCCCUUGGCAGUUUCUAUGACGACGAGCCAGUCAUCUACACCAGCUGCAGCAAGAACGGCUCGUCCUCCCGGCUGCAGAGUGGGGUGAACCUGCAGGUGUGUUUCGUUAAUGACAGCAACAGCGACAAAGACAGUGAUGCUGAGGACAGCAGGACGGAGACCAGUCUGGACACACCGCUGUCCCCUGUGAGCAAACAGAGCUCAUCGCUAUCAGACCGGGACACUGCAGAGGAGGACUCGGAUCCGUUAGAUGACUGCGGUGGGUUUUGGCGGGUGCAGCGAAGGUUGCAGGAGGAGGCCCGGGUGGCGCUGGCUCUGGCUCGACCCAUGGCCCGAAUGCAGGUGGAGGUGGAGAGACAAAUCCAACUGCACAGACGGUCCCCUGUGGCUGACCUGCUUCCACAUCUGCCCCACAUCAGCGAAGGCUUAAUGAAGAGGAAUCUGAGGCAAGGAGACAUGAGAGACAUGAGUCUGGGACAGCUGCAAGUCAUCACGAAUGAUUUACACUCACAGAUUCAGAGUCUAAAUGAGGAGCUGGUGCAGUUGCUGCUGAUGAGGGAUGAGCUGCAUGUGGAGCAGGACGCGAUGCUAGUGGACAUAGAGGACCUCACCAGGCAUGCACAAAGCCAUCAGCGGCACCAGGCAGAGAAGGCCAUGUCUAAAUAAACACCCCGUCUACACGUGUUUCUGUCUGCACGCCGUCCAACCUCCCACACCACAGACUGUCACUAGUGUUGCUAACGAAACUCCAUCUGUGGUGACUGUUUCCGGGGAAAUGAACACAGCAUUUAGUAUCAACACGCACAUAUUAUAUUGCACCACCACGAGGCUGUCCGAGAGGACGGCGAAAAGUAAAAGAUCACAGAUUUCAGUGUGGACACAGUUGAGUUUGUGCAGGUCUUUCACUUUCUCUUUCUAUGAUUAAAGCUGUGUGUCACAGAAUUAGGGGAAUCCUCUUGACUUUAUUUCACCCCUGAUCUGUUUCAACUUCCAUGUGAUUUUGCUGGUUUGGAGAGAGCACCAGCUCGCCUUGUUUUUCCUUCGAAUCACAAAGGGGUAAAGUUGUCUAAAAAGAACGAGCCACACCUGAAUGAGAUCCAUAAACAGUUAACUUUUGUUUGUUUCUAUAAUAUCAAGAGGGUAUCUCAGUUCACCUGCAUAUCAUUUAUUUCACUAAGAGCACCGUGUCCUUGUCGGUAUUCACUAUCACACGUACUGGCUGUUGCAAUAGUAAAUGGCAAAUAUGCUGCAGCGGCUUCACAGAAAUCUCAUAAAAAAAUCAUUUAGGCAGAAUUGGUUCGAACUACAUAGCUGUUACAGUUUCCACCUGCUUUAAAGAUAUAUUUAGAGAUUUACUGGGCAAGAUUUUGAACUUUAUUCUGACAGAUUUGUGUUAUCAAGUGUAUUACAGUACACAAAAUGAUGUAAGUUCGUACAGAUUUUGGGGUUAACACAAAGGCAGAAAAAGAAAAUGUUGAGGCAUCGUGACAUGAACAGCCUCUAAACAGGAAUAUGCAAUGUCAUUUAUGUUAUGCUUAAUUUACUAAUGCUGACAAACAGAGAAAAUCUAACACAAAUAUAUGAGUAAAUCACAGCCUGAGCAUAUAUCUAUUUUAUCUGUUUCAAAGGUUUAUGGACAUACAGUAUGUAAAUGUGAGAAGAUACUUUAUUAAAAGGGAGAGGAAUAUGCCUUGUUAUGUUUCAGUGUUUUCACUCACGGCUUUUUAAGAAUGUUAUUUAACACAGGGUUAAAGUUGGUUUUUCUAUUGUUUUGCUUUGUUGAUAAAUGUACUGUAAAAUGAUUGUUAAAAAAAAAAAAAGAUCCAGUAAUAAAUGUUUCAAGUGUG